AUGAUUAGGUAAUGAAUGCUUCAUCACAAAACUAUAAAAACGAAAAAUUAUUAUUGAGAGGAACAGACAAAGAAUCUGGACCAGAGGGCGGAAGCAGACACAAGCAAUUCUCACCUGCGUUCUUGAAUGAUUCUUCACUGCAGUGAUGUGUGUGUGAGAGAGAGACCCGAAUGGGACAGUGGCCUAAACCAAUAUGAAGAAGGGAAAGAAUUGUCUUAAGCAUCAGUAAUUGCAACAAGAAGAGUUCUAUUUGUGAUUCAUAUACGAGCCACAAUCUUAAAUCUGCCAUUAAAAGCAAAGUUCGCCCACAUUGAGUAAGCCUUAGGUUUCGAGGGUUUUAUCCUUUAAACUCUGUUUUUGGUGACCCUUAUAACCGAAAAGGAGAACCGGAUCUCUUUUUGGGUGUGUUUUGUUCAUCAAGGAUGAAGCGAGGGUAUGAAGCAUCUGCUUCGACCUCUUUUGGUCCACCUCAAUCGAAGCGCAAAUUCGAUACUCAUGAGGAGGACGAAAGCACAAAGAAACUUGCACGGAAGGUGGCCGACCAUUACAGUGCAAGGACAAAUCAAACUCUAGAGGAUCGAGAAGCAAGUCCUAUUAUCCAUUUAAAGAAACUAAACAACUGGAUUAAAAGUGUUCUCGUUCAGCUGUAUGCUCGCCGGGGAGAUUCUGUUCUAGAUCUGGCUUGUGGCAAGGGUGGUGAUUUGAUCAAAUGGGACAAGGCGAAGGCUGGAUAUUAUGUUGGCAUUGAUAUAGCUGAAGGCUCGAUAGAAGACUGUCGCACACGUUAUAAUGGUGAUGCAGACCACCACCAACGUCGCAAGAAGUUUACCUUCCCUGCACGGCUUAUCUGUGGAGAUUGUUUUGAGGUACGCUUGGAUAAAGUUCUGGAAGAUGAUGCACCAUUUGAUAUAUGUAGCUGUCAGUUUGCAAUGCACUACUCGUGGUCUACAGAGGUACGUGCACGACGAGCAUUGGCCAAUGUAUCCGCAUUACUGCGUCCUGGUGGCAUCUUCAUUGGAACAAUGCCAGAUGCAAAUGUUAUCAUCAAAAAGCUUAGAGAAGUGGAAGGGCUAGCAUUUGGGAACAGCGUAUAUUGGAUUCAUUUUGAUGAUGAAUAUGCUCAAAAGAAAUUUAAAUCUUCUAGCCCAUUCGGUAUCAAGUACAAAUUCCAUUUAGAGGAUGCAGUUGAUUGUCCAGAAUGGAUUGUUCCUUUCCCCAUUUUCAAAUCAUUGGCAGAGGAGUAUGAUCUGGAGCUUGUUUUUGUGAAGAAUUCCCAUGAAUUUGUGGACGAGUUCUUGAAGAAACCGGAAUUUGCUGACCUUAUGCGGAGGCUUGGUGCCCUGGGCGAUGGAAACCAGGACCUAAGCACACUAUCAGAGGAUGAGUGGGAGGUUGUUUACUUGUAUUUGGCAUUUGUCUUGAGAAAGCGAGGACAACCAGAUGGCAACCGGAGGAGCAACAAUAAUAAAGGAAACAGAGGGGAGACGCAGAUAUUGAGGGAAGACAUCAUGCACAUUAACAGUGGGGUGUGAAGGGAAUAGUUCCAAGUUUGAUCCCGUAGAUCUUCAUUGCAAAAUAUGGCAAUGAUGAGAGGAGGCUGCAGGAACGGUUGAUGCAUAGCCAUGAUGGAAAAGAAAAUAAAAAAAAGAAAAGAAAAAAGAACCUGCACUUUGGAGAGGGGAUCAAAUUUGUUAUUCAAUUUUGCAGAAUCUCAUUAUCGCUUGUAAUUCCAAGUAACAUUUUGGGUCUUUCUCUUUAUAUUUUUCAAGGUUUAAAAACUCCGAAUCGGAGAUGGAAUCAGCAUCUAUCAAUUAUGAUUCAGAUUCGAUCAAAAUUGGUCGAAAAUUGAGAAAAUAGAAUCAAGAAAAGAAGUAUAGAUUACAACAAAUUUUUAUUUUUACAGUUUUUGUAUUGUAAUAAUAACUACAACAGGUACGUUUCAUCGAUUCUCUGCACUUUUUAGUAACUAAAUGGAGAAAAUGGCAAAAGUGAGUUCUGUGGGCA